ACAGGAAAGAACAGCAAUUAUCUCUCUCAAACCACAGAUAUACACAGUAGCCGCUUCCACCAAUACAUUCUCUCUUCGUGCAUCUGUGUAAUACGCCAUAGCGCGUCUGCUUGGGUUUUGCUCAGAACCUUCCAUGGCCGCACGCCACAGCUCAAGCCUUUGAAAUGCUCUCUACUCCUCCACCACUAUAUAUAUACCUUUCCUUGUCAUCUUCCUCCUCAUCCUCCCAAUUUCCCUCUGCGUUUGGAUCCCCCAAUGAAGUUCGGCAAGGAAUUCACGGCGCAAAUGGUGCCGGAAUGGCACAACGCCUACAUGGAUUACAAUUUCCUUAAGUCUCUUUUGAAAGAGAUCCAGAGAUUCAAGCUCACAACUGGCUCUCCUCAGCCCCCUCAGCCUUCUGCCUUGAAGCGCAAGCUCACUCUCUACAGAGCCUUCAGCGGUCUCACUCAAGGUUACGCUCAUCCUUCCCCUCCUUCUUCCCAUGCCGAUAUCGAGAGCCAACCCAUUCUCGUUAACUCUUUGCACGAAGAUGGCUCUCAGAAUUACAAGACCACCUUCCUCAUGGCCGCCGAUGAUGGCGCUGAGUACGAACUCGUUUACUUUAGGAGACUCGAUGACGAGUUUAACAAAGUCGAUAAGUUCUAUAGGGCUAAGGUCGAGGAGGUCAUGAAGGAAGCGGAGAUGUUGAACAAGCAGAUGGAUGCGUUGAUUGCUUUCAGAAUCAAAGUCGAGAACCCUCAGGGUUUGGUUUUCGAUAUUUCUGAGAAGACUGUUGAGAUGACUCGUCUGGCUUCUGGAAUUGCUGCUUCUUCCGCUGCCUUGUCCGUUUCCACUCCCAAAGGCGCUUUAUCUGGAAAGAGACCUCACAUGGCCAUGGAGAUAAUUGAGGAAGGCGGGGCCGGUGAGCUUGGACAAUCUGAUGAAUUAAAUGAAGAUGGGGACGAUAUCAACAUGGUAUCAAGAGGUAAACAGGUCGAAGAAGAUAACUCAAGCAAAAGGAAGGGUGUUAGACCACCUCCAUUAGAAGUUCUUGAUCGUGUGAAAAUAAAUCAACCCAUUGAAACACCUCGUUCAACCAUCAAGGGAUUCCUUAAAAUCUCUAAGAACACUGAACUCCAAUUCAGCAGAGACAAUUUAAAUAAAGUUGAAGAACAACUCAAGCAUGCCUUCUCUGUGUUUUACCAGAAACUUAGACUUCUGAAGAGCUUUAGCUUCUUGAAUACACUGGCAUUCUCAAAGAUCAUGAAGAAAUAUGACAAGAUUACAUCAAGAAAUGCCUCAAAAGCCUACAUGAAAACGGUGGACAGUUCUUACCUUGGAAGCUCAGAUGAUGUUGCCAAGUUAAUGGAGAGAGUCGAGAACACAUUCAUCAAACAUUUUUGCAAUGCCAAUCGCAGCAAAGCAAUGAAUAUUUUAAGACCCAAAGCAAAGAGAGAGAGACAUAGGACAACAUUUUCCAUGGGUUUUCUAGCUGGUUGCUCUGCAGCUCUUGUUUUAGCCCUCAUCUUAAUUAUCCGUGCCCGCAAUAUUAUGGAUAGUCGAGGAAGCACGAAGUACAUGGAAACCAUGUUUCCCCUUUACAGCCUGUUUGGAUUUGUUGUUCUGCAUUUGGUUAUGUAUGCUGCGGACAUAUACUUUUGGAGGCGAUAUCGAGUGAAUUAUUCCUUCAUAUUUGGUUUCAAGGAAGGAAAUGAGUUGGGCUAUCGUCAAGUUCUCCUUAUUGCUUUUGCUCUAGCAGUACUUGGACUAGGCUCUGUGCUCUCAAACCUUGACAUGGAAAUGGACCCAAGAACAAAAGAUUUCAAAGCAUUUACUGAACUUAUCCCUCUGUUGGCAGUUGUUCUUGUAACUGCAAUACUUAUCUGCCCGUUUAACAUCAUAUACCGCUCGAGUCGUCUCUUCUUCCUCACUUGUCUGUUUCACAGCAUCUGUGCUCCGCUCUACAAGGUGGUGCUCCCAGACUUUUUCUUAGCUGACCAGCUAACCAGCCAGGUGCAAGCACUCAGAAGUUUGGAAUUUUAUAUUUGCUAUUAUGGUUGGGGAGACUACAGAAUUAGAGUAAACACGUGCAAGGCUAGCGCCGUAUUCCAAACGUUCAGUUUCAUUGUCGCCGUUAUUCCAUACGUGUCGCGCUUUCAGCAGUGCCUUCGUCGACUGUAUGAAGAGAAAGAUAAAAUGCACGCACUAAACGGAUUGAAAUACUCGUUUGCUAUAGCUGCUGUUUGCUUCAGGACAGCAUACAGUCUAUACAAAAACUUAUAUAUUUGGUAUGUACUAGCUUGGGUAUUUUCAGUCAUAGCAGCAGUGUCAGGCACGUACUGGGACCUCGUGAUCGACUGGGGGCUUCUGCAACGGAAUUCGAAGAACCGGUGGUUAAGGGACAAGCUCCUCGUCCCUCAGAAGAGCGUAUACUUCGUUGCAAUGGCAUUGAAUGUGGUGCUGAGACUUGCUUGGAUGCAAACCGUAUUGAACUUCAAAGUCCCUUUCUUGCACAGAGAAGGCUUGGUUGCAAUUGUUGCUAGCUUAGAGAUCCUUCGUCGUGGCAUAUGGAACUUCUUCAGAAUUGAAAACGAGCAUUUGAACAAUGUCGGUAAAUACCGAGCGUUCAAAUCAGUGCCGUUGCCUUUCAACUACGACGAAGAUGAUGAUAAAGAUGAUUGAGGGAUGAUUCAAAAUGGACCCUUUUCUUAUGUUGUAUUUUUAUGAUGUAUAUAGCAAUUUUGCAAGAACUGCGUGUUCUGAGAAUCCAUGGCUAUUAGAAGGUAGAAAUUAAGGAAGGAAAGAGGAAAAUGAAAGAGUUAGUUAAUGAAGAAAUUGCAGAUAAAGCGAAGGGAAAGGGAAAAGGACAAAUCCAGAAAUGGUUUGAAUAUCAUAAGCUGUAAUGUAGAAGAUUAUGAUAUAAGAUCCGUAUGAAAACGAGAGAUUUGAUGUGGUUGGAUGGUCAAGGCCUUCAAUUCCACAACAUGACAACGGUGCAUUGAAUGCAAGCAAUAAAUAGUGGGCCACCUAAUAUAUUUACACCUUACUACCAUAAUUCAA